AUGGAUAGAUCUUGGAUGUAUCUUGCACCAAGAUCAAGUCAUAGUUUUAGAAAUGGUGUGAGUUCUUUUCUAAAUUUUGCAUUUGAGAGAUCAAGUGUUGAUGGAAAAAUACUGUGCCCUUGUGCUCGUUGCUUAAACAUGUUUUAUAUUAGAAGAGAGGAUGUAUAUGAUCACUUGCUAUGUUGGGGAUUCCGAUCAGAGUACCCAAGAUGGGUAUAUCAUGGGGAAGAGGUAGCAACUACAUCCUCAAGUACAAUGCAUAGUGAAGAAUUAGGAAUGUUUCACCAUGAUAUGCAGGGAAUGUUAAAUGAUCUUGUUCAACCCGAAAUAGGUCAGAGUAGCGUAGAUAGAGAUGGUCACAGUUUGGAUAAUCGCCAAGAUGCAGAAAAUGGGGGGCGUAGAGUAGAGAGAGAUGGUAAUAAUUUAUAUAAUGGUCAAGAUGUACAAAAUGGGGGAUUUAGAGAAGAGAGAGAUGGUAGUAAUUCUGAUAAUGGUCAAGAGGCACAAAAUGGUGGAAGCAGAUUUGAUGAUCUAGUUAAAGAUGCUGAGGAGCAGGUUUAUCCAAAUUCAAAAUACAACAAGUUAUCAUGUUUGGUGCAUUUGUUCCAUAUAAAAUGUCUAAAUGGAUGGAGUAACAAAUCUUUCUCUAUGCUAUUAGAGUUUUUAGAAGAUUUGUUACCAGAAAAAAAUUUAUUGCCUAAAACGACACAAAAAGUAAAAAAAAUGUUGGCAAACUUAGGAUUAGGAUACAUAAAAAUCGACUCAUGUCCUAAUGGAUGCAUGUUGUUUUGGGAGGAGAAUGCGAAAGAUGAAAGUUGCUCUAAAUGUGGGGCGUCUAAAUGGAAGGUUUCUCUAGAUAAUUCUGAGUAUGAAUCGACUCCACCAAAGAAGAAGGCAACAAAUAUAUUAAGAUGGUUUCCCUUAAAGCCUCGACUUCAAAGAUUGUUUAUGUCAUCAAAGACAACCAACCUUAUGAAGUGGCAUCACGUCGAUCGCGUGAAAGAUGGGAAACUAAGACAUCCCGCUGAUGCGUUAGUUUCGAAAGAUUUUGAUCAAAAGUAUCCAGAAUUUGCAAGAGAUCCCCGUAAUGUUCGGUUAACUCUAGCAAGUGAUGGCUUCAACCCCUUCCGAACAAUGAAUGUGGUGCACAGUAUUUGGCCCGUUUUUCUUAUUCCAUACAACCUGCCUCCUUGGUUGGUUAUGAAACAACCUAACAUCAUUCUUUCAUUGAUUGUUCCUGGUCCUAAAGGUCCUGGAAACAAGAUAGACGUGUACAUGCAACCACUAAUAAGAGAACUUAAAGAGUUGUGGCUGGAUGGAGUUGAGACUUUUGAUGCUUCUACAAAACAGAACUUUCAGUUAAAGGCAGCUCUUCUUUCAACAAUUUCUGACUUCCCGAGUUAUGCUAACCUAUCUGGGUGGAGCACUAAAGGAGAACUUGCAUGUCCUUUAUGUGGUUUUAAUACAAGCUCCGAGUGGCUUACUUAUGGGAAAAAGUGGUGCUAUAUGUGUCAUAGGAGAUGGCUUCCAAUGGACCAUAAUUGUCGAAGCGACACUAGAUCCUUUAUUGAAAAAGAGGAAUCAAGGGAGGCUCCUUUUCCUCCUUCUGGGGAAGAGGUUCUACAUGAAUUGGGCGAUGUUGACUUUCUGGUUGACAAUUCUCAUGGCGGCCCAUGGAAAAAGAAAAGUAUAUUUUUUAUGCUGCCAUAUUGGGAACAUGUAUUGUUGCGUCACAAUCUUGAUGUAAUGCAUAUAGAGAAAAAUGUCCGUGACAACAUCGUAGGUACUUUAUUAGGACAAGAAGGGAAGUCAAAAGACAAUUAUAAAGCAAGACUUGAUCUGCAACGUUUGGGUAUCAAGAAAGAAUUACAUCCAAAGAAGCGACCUGGAAGUGGAACUGUUUUUUUACCAAAAGCAUGUUACCAAAUGACCCGUAUGGAGAAAACUGCAUUUUUAAAAACUUUGAAGUUACUUAAACCUCCAGAUGAAUUUUCAUCAAAUAUUUCGUGGUGUGUGCAACUACAAGAUCGUAAGCUGAUUGGUUUGAAAAGCUAUGAUUGCCAUAUGCUAAUGCAAGAGUAUUUGCCAAUUGCAUUACGUGGAACAUUGCCGAUCCAUGUAAGCUCAGUAAUAACUGAGUUAUGUGAUUUUUUUAAGAUAAUAUGCUACAAAGAUUUAUAUGAAGCUGAUCUCCAGUUUCUCGAGUCUAAAAUUUCACUCACAUUAUGCAAAAUGGAGAAAAUCUUUCCUCCUUCAUUCUUUACUGUAAUGGUUCAUUUGGUUAUCCACUUAGUUAGAGAAGUUAGACUUGGUGGCCCAGUUGCUUUUCGUUGGAUGUACCCUAUUGAAAGGUACCUUCUAACACUGAAGUCAUACGUGCAUAAUAGAGCUCAUCCUGAAGGUUCAAUUGCUGAAGGAUAUUUAGGAAAAGAAAGUCUGACAUUUUGUUCUAGAUAUCUUAAGGGGGUAGAAACGGUUUUCACUAGGGAAAUAAGGAAUGAUGAUGAAGGUGAACAAAAUGUGAUUGAAGAAUCAAACAAUCUUUGCCCUGGUCGGCCACUAGGUCGAAAAUCAGAUGAUGGCUUACCAACUCGAAAAAGAAGAAGAUCCUCAAAUUCAGUCAUUGAUGAGAAAUCACUAGCUCAAGCACAUCGUUAUGUUCUUUUUAAUGUUGAUUCAAUUACGCCUUUUCGAGAGGAACAUAAAAGGCUAGUGAAGGGACAGAACUCAUCUCGUCGAACACCUGAGUAUGAAAUUGACAAGAUUCAUUGCCAAACUUUUAGUGAAUGGUUUCAAAGAAGGGUUGCACGCAUGGAAGAGCAAGAAGAUGAUACACUCACUCAGGAAAUUAAGUGGCUAGCUCGUGGUCCAGUUAAGACCGUGCAACGCUACUCGGGUUACAUUGUCAAGGGUGCAAGUUAUGCUAGUAGUCGAGAUAGAAGGCCUGUUGAUGGCGUGAUUAACUACUAUGGUAAAUUGACCGAUAUUAUAGAGUUGAACUACUCUGGUCUAAUACGAGUAGUUUUAUUCAAAUGUGAUUGGGUUGACAUAAAUAGAGGUUGCAAGAAAGAUGGAGGGUUAACGUUGGUAAACUUCUCAUACAAGGCACACACGGGUGCUAAUUUGAUAGAUGAUCCUUUUGUUUUGGCAUCACAAGUCGAUAAGGUGUUCUAUGUUAGAGAUUCUAAACAUAAAGAUUGGGAGAUAGUGAGACAUGUAAAACUUAGAGAUGUAUUCAAUAUCGGAGGUGGUGAUGAUGCAACACUUGAUGGUCCUAACUUACAUAGAAUUGGAGAUGAUGGUGAUGAUGGGAUUGAUAUUACUCCAGAAACGGAACUUGAAGGCAUAAAUGAUGAUGAAAAUGAUAACGACAACGACGAAGAAGAUAAUAACUUUCUUUAA